AUGGAAAAAAUAACUUUAUGCGAGGAACACAGGUUCAUAGAAAAGGCCGAAACAGAAGUUAAUGGAGUUUGGAAAGGGGCUCAUCUAUUGCUAUUCUUUCUGGCUUUCGUAUUUGGAUCAUUUUGCACGUUUAGCUUCCACAUGCUAAUGUACUUGUUUGAUGAGAAGUGCGUGCUUUUUCCAAAGCUGCUAUCACUGAGUUCAUUCCGGCAGAACAUCAUUUAUGAAUUCAUCCCAGAAGACAAAGAAGCCGCUGAUAUGUUACCAGUUGAUUUUCUGAGCACUCAGUGGGUAGAAAAAAGUGCAUGCUUACUGCCGACAUAUGUUCCUCUUGUAUCUGGGAUCUUUGGACUAGUGUGGACUACGAUGUUUUUGAUGUGUUCUACUGGUAGCAGAGUUUUAACUGGCUUACAGAGACCAUGGCGUGUGCUGCCGCCUGUAUUUUUGUUCUCAGUUAUUAUGGGUAUCCUCUGCGUGUACACGUCGACAGUUACUCAUUACGGGUUGCAGGAACUUUGCCUCAAGCUCAGCGAGAUCACGGGCAGCUCUACAUGUACUUAUACUAUAAAUGUCGCCACUCUUGCUUACGAGCGUCGAAUACGCGGUGUAUAUCAGGCUACUCGGCUCACUAUUUUGUCAGCUUGGUUGCAUACAGCUUGUUGGGUACUAUCAGCCCUGUUAUCAUUGAUGAGAGUUAUUCUAGCCGUCGAUUUUCAACUAGUCAAAGUCACUGUGCAAUUACGAGGAAAUAUUGACAGAAUGCUCGAACAUCAUGAAAAGCACAUUCGUACAGUAUCGCCGGAAACGCUUGAAGCAAAUCAACCAUAUACUCCAGUACAUCACUCACGUAAUCUGAUUCAACUUCAUUUUAAGAAAAAUUUUCGAUCUAGUUUACUGGCCAAUAAUGAACAGAACAUUAUAAACGACACAGAUGAUGAUGUUAACUUACUUUAUUAUUCUGGCUUACCAAAAGAAAAAUCAGAACCAUCUUUAGUCCAAAUAGAACGUGACAAAUUGGACAAAAUGUCAGCCUAUAAAUCAGUAGCAAAGAAACAUAGGUUCAUUAUUAAAAUGCUUCUUGACUUGGUUGAUAAUGUUCAUACGUCUCAAACUAGUGAUAUCAUUUCGAGCUCAAGUUCAUUAGAAUCUAUAUCUGAAUCGGCUCCAAUAAUCCGUCAGUACGGUCAACAACGUAUUUCUUCUAAAUUUAUAUAUAAGUCUCCGACUCGAAAUCAAGAGAUCGAAUCUGAAGAUCUACUCGCAGCCGAGGCAAUAACAUCAGAAAUUAAACGUCAUUUACAAAUAAAAUUAAACAGGGAGAUAAGCGAAUUAAAUAAAAUUAAUUAUACAUCAUCGAAUAUACCGUCAAAGUCUUCUAUGAACAUCACUCCUGAGAUGCAAAAAGUUUUAGAGGAAAAAAAAGGUGCUACAUCAAAAUUUAACUCAUCUGAUUCUAAUAAACCUGGUGUUCACCAAGAAAAAAAGAAAACCGAACUAAAAUCAAAUUUAAAACAAGUCGGUAUUCAAACAGAUGAUAAGAUGAAAGAUAAAUCGCUUAAAGUAAAAAUAGACUCUCACACAAGCGUUAUCGAUUUAGAUACAUCAACAACCCUAGAUAGUCAAACUACUAAGAAAAAUAAAGAAACCCAAACAAAAAAAGAAAAGCAGGAAUAGAUUUAAUAUAUUACAAAAUAGUAAGAAAACAUUAUCGAUAAAGUCAUUGUCAAAAUAUGAUGGCGAUAAAUAAUGAAUUUAAUGUAAUUUAAAGUAUAUAUAGGUAUUCUCACU